AUGCCUACGGUGUGGAAACGAAUCACAUUCUCGGUGGCCUCCGUGCUGUGUAUCGGUUCCGUGGUGCUCCUGAUCGUGGCUCUCUCCACGGAGAGGUGGGCCACUGGCCGGAUCCUGUGUAAAACCGGAGUGGACAUUGUAAAUGCGUCGAACCCAGAGCUGAACAAAUUUAUCGGACACAUAUAUUACGGACUGUUCCAAGGGGGCAAGACCAAGAAGUGUGGACUUGGUGACAGGCGUUCUAAAAUAUACAUAUUUCCAAAGCUUGUGAAGACACUGAAUACUGGACUGCAUAUGAUGGUGAUCCUCUUCUUGCUGGUGGCGAUAGGCUUUGCGCUGGUCAGUCUGUCCUUCUGUAUUUACAACGCUCGCAAGGUGCCCUACCAAAGCAUCAAGGGACACAAGGGACUGUAUCUUUGGAAUGUUAUAGCUGCUCUGUUCGGUACCCUAGGUGUGCUAUGUUUCCUGGCAGCCAUGAGACACCAUCACCUGACGGAGCACAUCGCCAACCACAAGGAGAGCUUCUUCCUCCUCACCGUCCUGGACGACCGCCUAGAUUGGUCCUUCUGGCUGGGCGUGGCCAGCGUGGCCACGCACGUGGCGGUCUGCGGCGUGGUCGCCAUGAGCCGGAUCAAGCUUCCCAAAGCGCAGAAGAAGAAACCCGAGCAGCCGGUGAUCUCGGCCCUGGAUCUGCUCUACUGA